AACAAACAAUAGAAAAUGAAGACUGCAAUAAAUUCAUUCGAGCUUUCGCUGUACUUCUUCGGUUGGAUAAUGGGAAAUUUGUUUUCUUUGUCGCUUUUAUAUACUGAACAAACAAAACGAAAAAAGACACGCAGCUGUAUAAAGUACGCAUAAUUGUGCCUUUUUUCGUUACGAGGGCAGUUUCGGUAUUCUACAGGAUAACAUCACAGAGAGUGCGAAGGAAUUGCAAGAUUUAAUACUGCCUUCCCCUUUCCAUCGCCUGGGAACUAGGAUAUUGUCAAUGCCAACAGCAAGUACAUUCCUUACCUGAAAGACUUGCAGCCAGGCUGGAGAUUUCUGAACAGGCUGAAAGAUGUGUCAGACACAGAAUGGAUGUGCUUCACAUACUAUUUCCACACAUCCUGGUCGUAUAUGUUUAUUCAAUUUGUGGUCACAGAAUUAAUAAGAAGAUAUAAAAGUUCUCUUCUAAAACCUUGGUAUAUAAUAUCAAGUAUAAUAUAUGUGUCAUUGUAUAUGUGUUUGAAGCAUCUGCUAUUUAUUUUUCUUCAGCCCAUACUUUGUUCCACUAUAAUAUUUUGUGGUGGCAAAAAAGCUAUUUUAUGGAUAACUGGCAUUUUGCUUCUUGGGAGUUUCAAUACAUUGAAGUUUAAAUAUUUAUUCUGGUACCUAGUAGACCGUGAAGAUUUACAAGAUGAGCAAAUUUAUCUGUUAAUGGGAUGCAUUGCAUGGAUUUUAUUGCGAUGCAUAAGUUUCUCCAUUGACUACAUUGAUAAUAAAGACUCAAAAAAUAUAUCUAAGUCUCAGACCUUUCUUAAUAUGCUGAGUUACGUUAUGUAUUUGCCAGUACUCUACUUGGGACCAGUGAUAUUGUAUAAAGAUUUUGAGAGAAGUUUUAGUUCUCCUGCCGAGCCACUAUUGGACAGAAUAAAGAGAUUUGUUUGUGACAUAUCUCUGUUCCUUUUAUAUUUUUUUGGUAUGGAACUUGCCUUGCAUUUUAUACAUUUCCAUGCGCUCAAAGAAAGAAUUGAGUUACUAAGAACCUUUUCAGUACUCGCCUUGGGUGGAGGAGGUUUAUGGAUGGGAAUCCAAUUUCAUGUUAAGUAUGUGAUUGCAUAUGGAAUGUGUGGAGCCUUAGCUAAAUUGGACAACAUUGAUUCCCCUCCAACACCAAGAUGUAUUGCCAGAAUACAUGUUUAUUCCCACAUGUGGAGAUAUUUCGACGUUGGUCUUUACCAGUUUUUAGUAAAGUACAUCUACAAACCAUUGUAUCUGACUCUCUCCAUAUACCCUAGACUACCUAAGCUUGCGAUUAAAAUGAUCUCAUCAUUAUUUACAUUUAUUUUUAUAUUCAUUUGGCAUGGGACAACAAAACAGAUAUUUGUAUGGUCUUUUUUAAAUUUCUUAGGCAUAAUACUAGAAACUUUAGGUAAAAAUAUUACUGAGACUGAAAAGUACAAGCGGUUUGUGAUCAAGUAUUUAAAAAGUGACGCUAUGGAGACAAGGUUUAAAGCUAUGAUGUGUACUCCACUUUUGAUUUUGUCAGCUGUUUCAAAUUUUUAUUUAUUUGGCGGUAUGGAUGUAGGAGAUCUUUACUUUCAGUGUUUCGUUAGGCCAAAAAUAUACGGCAUUUUUGUGAUUUGCUUGCCAAUGUACUGUUGUUGCCAAGUUUCAAUGGCGUUGCAGGAUGUACCAUCAAGAACAGAUGUGAAAAAAAUUACUGUAAGACGUGAAAGAAGCGAAACAAAUACUGUUAAAACAAACGUCAUUAAAACAGAGAGUAAUUCAAAGAAAAUUGAAUGAAAUUAUUAUCCAUACCAACAUUGACCAAUGUCAAUGUGUACCAAAAC